AUGCGCAAUUGGCAGCGACAUUUCUGGAUCCAAUCAGCGGGUCUGAGUUUGCGCAUUGAGCCAAUGCCCCCUCCAUGCCCCCCGGAAGUGACGUGUGGGUACAGAUUUUUAAGGGGUCCAGGGUUCUACCAGAACAAUGGCACCCAUCAUCAAGAUGGCCAACUGCAGGAUUCCUACAUAAUGCUAUUUUUAAAACAAAACACCCCCACCAAUGAGGUUGCAUUUUAUAAUCCUAUCACACCAUCAGAAGAUGAGCUUACAGUUUUCAACAAAAUGUCAGAACUAGUCCCUAAAGUCACAUUCACCAACGUUAAUUACACAACAAGCGCCAAGAACAGCAGGGCAACCAUAUUUGAGCCAAGAAAGACGUAUUGUGUUGGUGACAUAUUGAUUGUCCAGAUUGACAUGUUUGACAGAUUGGGUAAUAAAAAAACAUAUGGAGGAGACUUCAUCAAAGCAAGAAUAUCUUCUCCAAACCUUAAGGCUGCAGCAAGUGGGAGGGUUGAAGACUUUUCCAAUGGGACCUAUCAUGUCCAUUUUACUUUAUUUUGGGAAGGAAAAGUCUAUGUUUCCUUGGUACUCUAUCAUCCCAGUGAGGCUGUUUCCGUAUUGUGGAGAGUGAGGAACCGGGACUAUGGUCUUAUUGAUUUCAUAGGAACCUUUCAGAAUGGGACACGCCAAGUCAAGACUGAAUGCGGAUUUAAACUAAAGAGGACCAACGAUGUUUGUGAAUAUAGAUACAACGAAGACAUGGAAUCUUUUUAUUGCAAGAAACCAAGAGACGUCCACUGUGAAUCAUUAACAAUUCUCCAGUCCCACAACAGAAAUAUCUCAUUCCUUUCAGAAGAGGAGAAAAGCCUUUUUAAAAGGCAAAAUAUAGGGGUCAAUAUUCCUGCAGAUUUUGGACCCUUAAAAGUAUCCACGUGUUCAAAAUUUUCCUCACAUCUACAACCAUGUACAAUUGGAAUGAAAUCCCUCUUUCCCAGUGGAUUUGUAUUUAAGAAUAUGUGGAGACCUGCAUUUUGUGAAAUAUUAAACUUUAGCACUCAAGAGAAGAUAUACACCUGUUUGCAGGACAAGAUGGUGCAUAUUUUGGGAGACUCAACCUUGCGCCAAUGGUUCUACAGUUUAACUAGUAUAGUGAAAGGAUUCAGGAAUUUCAAUCUGCAACGUCAGGGACUGAUCUCUCUACUUUUUGCCGUCAAUGAGAAGAACAACAUUCAGCUACUCUGGAAAAAGCACAGCCACCCAUUUGUCGCGAGUCGAUUUUACACAGUCAAAGACGACGCUUAUAUGAGUCAGGAGAUUGACCGAUUGGCUGGUGGUCCACAUUACGUCCUGGUCAUCUGUCUUGGACAACACUUCCGACCUUUCCCUAUUCUUCUUUUCAUCAGGAGAGUUCUCAAUGUUCACAGGGCUGUACAACGCCUCUUCUCACGCAGUCCAGACACAAAGGUUAUUAUUAAAGCAGAGAACACCAGAGAGAUCAGUGAAGAUGCCGAGAGAUUCAGUGACUUCCACGGAUAUAUCCAGUACCUGAUAGUAAAGGACGUCUUCAGCGACCUUCCGGUGGCCGUGGUUGACGCUUGGGACAUGAGCAUUGCUUAUAAUACCAACAAUGUACAUCUACCAGAACUUGUAAUCAAGAACCAGAUACUUAUGUUUUUGACAUAUGUUUGUUAA